AUGACAAUGGAAAACGGCGGAGAUAGCAGCGACAGUUGUAGUCAAGCAGGUAGCAAGUCCGUGUGUGUUUACUGUGGGUCUUCAUUUGGAGCUAAGGCGCUAUACUCAGAAGGUGCAGAACAAUUAGGAGCCCUUUUCUAUAAGCUCGGAUGGAAAUUGGUAUACGGUGGGGGAACUACUGGUUUGAUGGGCAAGAUAGCAAGGUCUACCAUGGGUCCUGAUUUGAGCGGGCACGUGCACGGUAUCAUUCCAGACGCACUUGUGUCCAAGGAAAGGACAGACGAGGAUAAAGAGGAUGUUAACAAGGCAUUGUUGGAGUCUGUAGAAAACCAUAAGGGCGCCACUCCCAUAUCUGAAGAUUAUGGAAACACAACAAUUGUACCAGAUAUGCAUACCAGGAAAAGAAUGAUGGCUAGUUUGAGUGACGCGUUUGUGGCUAUGCCCGGUGGGUACGGGACUUUUGAAGAAAUCAUGGAAUGUAUCACGUGGUCGCAACUGGGUAUCCAUAAUAAACCAAUUAUCUUGUUCAACAUCGAUGGGUUCUACGAUAAAUUGCUGGAGUUCCUCAAACACUCUAUCCAAGAAGGAUUCAUCAGUGUGAAGAAUGGUGAAAUUAUCCAAGUUGCCUCCACCCCACAGGAAGUGGUUGAUAAAAUAAAAAAAUACGUUGUUCCUGAAGGCCGUUUCAAUUUGAAUUGGAAUGACGAAGGUCACGCUCACGAGAAUUGUGGUAGGUAA